AUAAACCCUCCGCCAUUAAUCAUCUUCCACAAAUUUCAAAAACUUCCAGACUCGAAUUGAUUCGAUCGCCAUGGGAAAUACUUUAAGGUGCUGUUUAUCAUGUUUACUUCCCUGUGGAGCCCUAGAUUUGAUCAGAAUUGUUCAUUUAAAUGGCUACGUUGAAGAAAUCACACAUCCGAUCACCGCCGGCGAAGUUCUCACCAAUUACCCUAAUCAUGUAUUGAGUAAACCGUCGUCUCAGGGAGACGUCGUCCGGCGGAUCCUCGUUUUAUCCACCCAUUCCGAGCUCAAAAGAGGUGGUAUUUAUUUUCUGAUUCCGGCUUCUUCUAUUCCUGAAAACAAGAGAAAACCUCGCCGGAAAAAUUCCGAUAAACCGGUGAAAAUCAAGGCGGUGAUGGUUGAUGCUAAUGUUCAAAUGUCCGUCUCCGGCGACGGUGAUUUGAAGGUGUCUGGUGGUGUUGUGGCGGAGAAGAAUGUCGGGCGGCAGAGAGUUCGCCGGAGUGUUGACGGUGGAGAUUGGCGGCCUCAUCUUGAGAGCAUCUUUGAAGAACAAUAAUUAUUUGAUAAUUAUUGGUUUUUUUGGAUUAGAUUAUAAUUUUUUAUUUUAAUUCCGAAAAACGACAACAAUUGAUUUGGGCCAAAAAGACCGGUCUAGGCCGGACUGGUUCUACUGUGUAUACGUGAUAUGACUAUUAUUAAAUAUCUAAAAAUGUUUAACAACAAA